AUGAAUAAUUUUCUUUCAUAUGUACCCAAUGUUGAACAAUUUAGUAUUUAUCAUGCUGAAUUUUGUGCAGAUAUAAGUGGAUAUCUAUCGUAUGAUUGGUUAUCAUCAUUGAUUAAUUCUUAUUUACCAUUACUUCAUUCAUUUAAGUAUUAUUUCGAGCUUUUCUAUUUUGGAUUAUCAAAUACAUAUGAUAUGGAAAAUAUUCUUAGUCAAAUAAAAGAACAUUUUAAGAAAGUUCAUAAUAAUCAAUAUCAAUCUCGACUUAUUAUUAUUGAACGAAUUUAA